AUGUCUACCGAUUUCAAAGGAAAGCUCGCCAUCAUCACCGGAGCAUCCAAGCUCAACGGCAUUGGAUAUGCUACCGCUUAUAUCCUCGCCAAGGGCGGCGCCGAUAUUGUGAUUCACUACAACUCAAACAAGACUGCUGCCGAAGAGUGUCUUACCAAUCUCAAAGCUCUGGGUGUUAAAGCUAUUGCCGUUCAAAGCAACGCCGGCUCCAUCACUUUUGGCGACGACAUUGUCAAUGCCACUGUUGCAGCGUUUCCAGGGCGCAAGAUUGACAUCAUCGUCAACAACGCAGGCCACGCCACAUUCCAAGAAAGCGUGUCGGGGGCUCCCAUUGAAGAGUUUGAUGCCCUGUUCCACCCCAACGUCCGAGGUCCUCACUUGCUCACCCGGGCUGCUCUGCCGUAUAUCGCCUCUCCCGGAGGCCGCAUCGUCAACAUCAGCAGUGUAGUGGCUCGAACCGGAACGAGAUUUGCCUCAUUGUACAGUGCUACCAAGGGAGCGCUCAACACUCUCACCCUCGCGUGGGCUGAGGAACUUGGCGAGAAGGGCAUCACCGUCAACGUUGUUUCUCCGGGGCCCACCGCGACAGAUUAUGUUCCGCCAGAGGAACACGAGCUGACGCAAAAGUUUCGUGCUCAGCAGUAUAUCAAGCGAGACGGAACGCCGGAGGAGAUUGCCAAUGCCAUUGUGUUUGCAGCUAGUCCAGGGGCGAGCUUCUUGUCGGGCCAGGUUCUCGGCCUCGAUGGUGGUCUGAGUUAUGCUUAA